GUCCGAACCCGUGCUACACAAAAACAAUAACAAUGCGAAGCUGGACGAUAAUGAUGCACUUAUUAUUGCCAGCAUUUAUUGCAAAGUUUUCAAUAUCAGAAUAGAACUCCUGAGAUUUUGAGGACAAAAUGGCAGAAGAAACUGGUAAAGACGCAAAUGUCCCACGACCUGGGUUUUUAACCACCAUGGAUAUUUUACUGCCAGUGCUUAAAACAGAAGCUCCUGAAGAAAUGCCUGAAGGACACUUAGCAGGAAAUGAUGUGAAUUUAUUUAGUGCUGACAAAUCUUCUAAGGAAGUUAGUAGUGUCAAAGCUGUUGAAACCCAUAGUGAUGCUGAAAUCCAAAACAGUAUGUUAAAAUCUACAAUAUCGAAAAACGAAAUCCAAGACAGAAGAAAAGUUAUGUCAGAGCCUGAAAGCACAAUGAAGCAUAAUAAUGCAUCAGAGGAUGAUUACUUCGGUUGCGAAUCUUCUGUUUUUCACUUGUCUGGGUCGUCAGUGAGUGAAAACCAAAACAUGCCUCAACUUGUAGAUCACUUAAUUUCAAAUCAGAAUCUGUCCAAUGAAACAGGCUGUGCUGAUUUUAAGUCCAUAGAAAUUAACAUAGUUCAGCCAGAAGUAAACGCAGGAUUGCGUCCAGUAGCUUUGAACAAAUCCUCUGAAGUGUGUAACAUACCACGCUCAGAACCUACCAAUAUUUCCCAGGAGAAUGUACUCACUCUAGACUUUUCCAACAUUGGUAAAUUAAAGACACUGUGGGAAAAAUCAGAUAGUAAUUCAUCAAAACCACCAAAGUGUACGAAAAAAACAUGGAAACCUGUUAAUUCAAACAAUUCCAAAGGUGUCAAAGCGAUACCUGGGAAUAAACCUAGUAGCAGGGAUUGUAUCAUUAAACCUGCAGAGAAAUCCAAUAAAAGACUGAACACCAAUCCAAUAUUUGUACAAAACAACAAGCAACCAAUUGUUCAGAACAAUAAACAACUCGUACAAAAAAACAUGCAAUCAGUCACACAAAGCAACAAGCAACCAGUCAUACAAAACAAUAAGCAACCAGUUGUACAAAAUAACAAGAAACCAGUCAAACAAAUCAACAAGCAACCAGUCUUACAGAACAGUGUAUUAAGUCAAUCAAAGGGAGUGGAACGUUGCUUUAAGAGUAGUUUAACUGUGAAAAGCAUAGGGCAUAGUAGAUGUACUGUACCAGAAGAGCCUGUUUCUGAUGGUAAAACUACGAUACAAAUAGAGAAGAGACCUAGAGGUAGACCAAAAGUUAAUCGUGGUAAGACUGAGCCUGUUUCUGAUGGUAAAACUACGAUACAAAUAGGGAAGAGACCUAGAGGUAGACCAAAAGUUAAUCGUGGUAAGACUGAGCCUGUUUCUGAUGGUAAAACUACGAUACAAAUAGAGAAGAGACCUAGAGGCAGACCAAAAGUUAAUUGUGGUAAGACUGACAAAUUGAUGAUCAAACAAACUGAAAAAACAUCAGGCGCAGAUGGUACAAUCAGUGAGAAAUCUGCAAAUGUCACAAAGUUAAGGGAGAAGUCAGUUGAAAGAAUUGAAUCUACAAUGGAGACAUGUCUUGCAAAUAAGGUUACACAGUUUAAGCUGAAGUAUUGCACAAAGCCAUGUUCACUUAAACUCCACAGAGUAGAAAAUGUUUACAGAUCCUAUGGAAAUGUAAAAAUUGACUUGUAUCCUGUAAAAGACACAAGUGAGACUUAUCUCAAGAAUGCUUCAGUGAUUUUAAAGCCGAGUUAUAAACGUAAACUGAUCAAAAAGAAAAUAAAAGCAAGUCCAAAAUGUAAAAAGGAGACAAAUGAAAACCAGCAGGUUAAACUUGAAAAUGAAGGAGAAGAGCCAGAGGAAGUUGACAGUGUUGUUGAAGACAGUAUUCCAUCUGAUGAUGAAAAUGAUGUGGAUUUCGACCCUUGGAAGUAUGUUGAGGCAGUGUAUCUUGGUGAUAGAAAAGACAGGGAAAAGAGAGCGUGCACCGCCAAUCUAAACUUGAAUCAAUACCAACUAGAAGAAGUGAAUAUCAGCGAUGAUUAUUUCUUAGCAAAGGAGCCCAAACGUGAAACCUCAACUAGUAAAAAGAAACCAAAAGUACAAAGGGUGAAGCGAACCCGGUCAAUUCCAGGUUUCAGAAUGAAGAGAAAAAGUGAGGAUUCCUUAAAAUGCAGGCUUUGUCCUUAUGUUGGGGUCAGUAAAUUGGAUAGAGCGCAGCAUACGGUUCAAGCCCAUCCUACAAAGAAAUGCAAGCUUUGUGACAAGUUAUUACGUGCGGAGAGUGAUUUCUAUUACUACCACAUGACUAAGAUGCAUGGUGGUGAAAAACAUUUCAAGUGUGAUUUUGAAAACUGUUCAUAUGCCUCCAGUAACAAACAGGACUUGAGGAAACAUAAGAGGCACGUGCAUUCUACUGAGUUUAAAUAUGUUUGUGACAUUUGUGGUCAUCGUUCAAACUAUGAGAGGAACAUUAAGUAUCACAAAAUAAAGCAUUCAAAUGAAAGGCCUUUCCCCUGUUCUCUGUGCCCAUACAGAGCGAAACAAAGGCAAGAUCUGGCACAACACAUGCUGACUCAUUCCCAUGAAAAACCACUUAAGUGUGAUACUUGUGAUUUUACCUGCAAGAGAAACUGGGAGUUAACUAGUCACAGAUUGUCACACAGUGAUGUUAAACCUUUCAAAUGCAACCAUCCAGGAUGCACGGCUGCAACAAAAACUAACUCUGACUUGGUUAAACACAUGCGGACUCACAAGACAAUUAGAGACUUUAUUUGUCAUCUGUGUCAAAAGGGAUAUAAGGAUAAAGCAAGUUUGAACAAGCAUGUACGCUUUGUCCACGUGGGUGAAAAAAAAUUUGAAUGUGACAACUGUGGAAACAAGUUCAAAAGUAAGAUUUCAUUGAAGAAACACAUGAUGGUUCAUGCGGACAUCAGGCCUUUUAAAUGCAACAUCUGUGGACACAGAGUUAGAACCAGGCGCUACCUUGCAAUCCACAUGGUCACUCAUGAUCUCUCGUCUCGUCCAUACGUAUGUCCCCUUUGUCCCUUCGGCGCACCAGAUCCCAUGAAUUUACUGCCCCAUAUUGGGGCGUACCACUCAGAGUAUUGCUACUUCUGUGAGUUGUGUAGGAAGCCUUUUAAACGAUACAGACAACUUCUGAAUCACUUGGAGAGAGAACGUGAACAUAGCAGAGAAGAAGUGGAAAAGAUGCGAUCUAAUACGGACAUUGACAUGAGUCUUCUCAAUAUAGAAAUUGUAAAUGAUGAUGAUGAAGAUAGGAAACCUCUUGCUGAAAGUCAGGAGCUGACAGAUGAAACUAAAAAGGCCAUAAUUGGUGACAUAAACGUGCAGAAAGAGUGCAAAAUAGAUGCUGAAGCUGACACUGGUCAUGCUAAAAUAGAACCUGAAUCUGAAGUGGAUCAAGCCAUUUUGACUGAUAUAAAGACUGAACCAUUGGAAGACGUAAUGCAUGAAACUGUUAGUCAAAACUUCAUGGAAUCAGAUCAAGAUAAACCACUGUGUGUGAAUGAUUCUGAUGGGAAGAAGAUUGUUUUGAUUGCUUUGUACGGAGAUUUAAGGUUAUCUCUAGCUACAAAAGGAUUUGCUUUCAAUUAUGACAAAAAUGGGAAAAAGCCGAAGACAUGGUUCAUGGAUUAUAAACUAAUGAACCAAGAAGAUGCAGAGAAACAAAAAAAAUACCUAAGAAAAACUGGGGUUCUACCUCCAAUUCCAAGGGGACAUCCACCAAAGGGAUACAAAAGACUGUCCAAAUUUCUGAAAAACAGACGCAAGAAAUUUGAGGAGCAUAAAAAGAAGAGAGUUACUAUUAGGAAAAGGAAACUGGAAGUAGGCAGUGAUUCGGAGGAAGAGGUUUCUCUGAAUAAACCAAAAAGAGUUAAAAGGGAAGAUGUAUCAAAAGCACUUCAAGAGAAAACAUCGGAAGGAAAGAAUGUGAAAAAUAAAGUAAUAACAAAGGCAAGGGGGAGAAAAAGAAUUAAUCCAAAUAAAGAUCAGACACUAACAAAAUCUGGGAGGAAAAGAAAAAGUGUUGCUAAGUUGAAGGUAGCUAAGAAAUCAAAAACUGUGCAGUCUGUAAAAAAGGAUGUAUUGAAGGUAUCCAGGAAGGCAAAAACAGUAAAAGCAAGCCCAAAGACAAAAAAAGGCAACCUAGACGUGAAAUCUAAAGCAAAGAAAGCUGUACCAUUGAAGAAGAAAAAAAGUCCUACCAAGAAAGGCAAAAAGAAUGUUUUGAAAGUAAAAAUUGGACAUGGAAAAGGUGGUGAUGAUGCUGAAAGGAAUAGUUUUGCUGCUCUUGAAAGUAUUAUCUCUGAAGUCAGUCAUCUCGACAAUCUCAAAAUUGGAGCGAAGCAAAGUUCAUCACCUAAAAAGCAAGGUAAAGCAAAGGGUAAUGUGAAAGCUGGAGAACCUAAGUACAAAUAUGUUCCUGUAAAACCACCAAAGAAAAGAAAGCUGCCUGCUCCAGAUCAGGUGGAGGAGUUUGUAGAACAUUCUGGAAAAAACAAAAGAGUCAAACAAGUUGCAAGAAAGUCUACAACUCCAGUGGUAAAUACGCAACCAAUACAUGAUAUGGUUGUAGAAAGUGAAACUAUGAAUUUCGAGUCGGCUUUGAUUGGUGGGAUUAAACAAGAGGUUGACUUACAGCAGGAUAUGAUUAAUGGUGCUCAGCUACUUAUUAUCCAUCCUGGCCAGGGUGGAGAUGGGGUGACUCCUGUAUUGUUACAGAAGGUAGAUAGUUAUGAAGACGAUCAACAGCUUGAUGAUCUAGGAGAACAUGGAUUUCUUGUAACAGUGAAUGAAGGUCAUAUGAGAGCAAAAUCUAUGUCUAGAGAAUCCCAGCCUGAUGUGAAAGAUUUCAUUGUUGAAACCAACAUUGACAAUGAGGAUGAGGUUGGUGAAGAUAAGAACAAUUUGGAUAAAAAUAUAGACACUGUAAAAGUGAAGCAAGAACUAACAGAUGAAUAAUUAAUGGGAAGUUGAUAGUUAUAGAAACAUUAUUGAGAGGGAGGUAGACAUGAAAGUGUUGCGUUAGUCCUUUAAUGUUAAAUUUAUAAUAGUUUGAUGCAUAAUAUUAGUUUGUAAAUACUUUGUUUAAUGCUACCAUCAAAGGAAUCAUAAUUAAGGUUGAAGAUAAAGAUCAUUAUUGAGAUGUAUAUUUGUUGAAGAUAAAGAUGUAUAGAGUUUUAAGUGUUGAAGGUCAAGAUUUAUUGAUUUUUUAAUGUUGAUGUACAUAAUGAUUGAGUUUUAAGUGUUAAAAAAAGCAGUUUAUUGAGUUUUAAGUUUUGAAGAUAAAGAUUUACUGAGUUUUAAGUUUUGAAGAUAAAGAUAAUUGAGUUGAAAGUGCUGAAGAUAAAGAUUUAUUGAGUUGAAAGUGUUGAAGUUAAAGAUUUACUGAGUUUUAAGUUUUGAAGAUAAAGAUUUAUUGGGUUGAAAGUGUUGAAGAUUUAGAUUUAUUGGGUUGAAAGUGCUGAAGAUUAAGAUUUAUUGGGUUUAAAGUGUUGAAGAUUAAGAUUUAUUGGGUUGAAAGUGUUGAAGAUAAAGAUUUAUUGGGUUGAAAGUGUUGAAGAUUAAGAUUUAUUGGGUUGAAAGUGUUGAAGAUUAAGAUUUAUUGAGUUUAAAGUGUUGAAGAUUAAGAUUUAUUGAGUUAAAAGUGUUAAGAUAAGAUAUAUUGGGUUGAAAGUGUUGAAGAUAAAGAUUUAUUGAGUUGAAAGUGUUGAAGAUAAAGAUUUUUUGUGUUUAGGGUGUUGAAGAUAAAGAUUUAUUGGGUUGAAAGUGUUGAAGAUUUAGAUUUAUUGGGUUGAAAGUGUUGAAGAUAAAGAUUUAUUGGGUUGAAAGUGUUAAAGAUAAAGAUUUAUUGGGUUGAAAGUGUUGAAGAUAAAGAUUUAUUAAGUUGUAAGCGUUGAAGAUAAAGAUUUAUUGAGUUUAGGGUGUUGAAGAUAAAGAUUUAUUGGGUUGAAAGAGUUGAAGAUAAAGAUUAAUUAAGUUUAAAGUUUUGAAGAUAAAGAUUAAUUGAGUUUAGAGUGUUGAAGAUUAAGAUUUAUUGAGUUAAAAGUGUUAACAUAAAGAUUUAUUAGGUUGAAAGUGUUGAAGAUAAAGAUUUAUUGGGUUGAAAGUGUUGAAGAUAAAGAUUAAUUGAGUUUAGAGUGUUGAAGAUAAAGAUUUAUUAAGUUGUAAGCGUUGAAGAUAAAGAUUUAUUGGGUUGAAAGUGUUGAAGAUUUAGAUUUAUUGGGUUGAAAGUGUUGAAGAUAAAGAUUUAUUGGGUUGAAAGUGUUGAAGAUAAAGAUUUAUUGGGUUGAAAGUGUUGAAGAUAAAGAUUUAUUAAGUUGUAAGUGUUGAAGAUAAAGAUUUAUUGAGUUUAGGGUGUUGAAGAUAAAGAUUUAUUGGGUUGAAAGUGUUGAAGAUAAAAAAUUAUUGAGUUUAGGGUGUUGAAGAUAAAGAUUUUUUGGGUUGAAAGUAUUGAAGAUAAAGAUUUAUUGGGUUGAAAGUGUUGAAGAUAAAGAUUUAUUGAGCUGAAAGUGUUGAAAGUAAAAAUUUAUUGAGUUGUAAGUGUUGAAGAUAAAGAUUUAUUGAGUUUAGGGUGUUGAAGAUAAAUAUUUAUUGGGUUGAAAGUGUUGAAGAUAAAGAUUUAUUGAGUUAAAAGUGUUGAAGAUAAAGAUUUUUUGGGUUAGUUUAAACAUAUUUAUUAUGCAGAAAAACAACAAUACAGCAUUUGUUUUUGGGUUAAAAGUGUUAAAGAUGAAGAUUUAUUGAGUUGAAAGUGUUGAAGAUAAAGAUAUAUUGAGUUGCAAGUGUUGAAGAUAAAGUAUACUGAGAUGUAAGUGUUGAAGAUAAAGAUUUAUUGAGUUUAGGGUGUUGAAGAUAAAGAUUUAUUGAGUUAAAUGUGUUUAAGAUAAAGAUCUGUUGAGUUGUAAGUAUUGAAGAUAAAGAUUUAUUUAGUUUAAGGUAUCUUAUGUACACUUGUAUGUGAAUUUUUUAUGAAUGAUGACCCUAUUUUCUUUAUUUAUCAUUUGAAAGGGAAUUAUUAGUUAAACAUAUACAUGUAUGUACAAAUUAAUCCAGAAACAAUAUCAAAAACAAGCUUUCUUGGCAUGGGAUGAUUGCAAAGUAGGCUAUUUCUUGUUGAAAUUUGGUUAUUAAUAAUUUUAUGGUGCAUCCGUGUCUCUUAAAGCUGCACUCUCACAAUUAAAAACGAAUGUUUUAUGCAUUUUUCUUAAAGCAUUAUGAUUAUUUUAACAUAAAUAUGAAAAACUGUGAUCUGAUCUUUUGUCAGCAGUCUUUAAUGACUGGUUUUCAAAUAUUUAUGCAAAAUCACCUCAUUCUAAGACAUUUUUUUUUGUCAAAACAGUAAAUCUGUGAGAGUGUAGCUUUAAGAUAAGAUGUUGUUAUAUUUUAAUAUGUUAAAAAAUAUUGAUACACAAAUGUUUUAUUUAUUUAGUUGUGUUGUAAGCAGAACAUAAAGUUUCUGAGAUUUUAAAGUUUUGACAUUCACUGAGGAAAUCCACCAUUUAUACAUUUUACUUUAUCAUCAUUCUUUUAUUGAUGUUUUUUUUUCUUAUAUUAUAUGUUAUGGUCUUUAUGUUUUUGAGUAGAUAGAGAUUUGUUUUACAAAAAAAUAUAUGUUAAUUUUGUUGCCUGCAUAACAUGGCAGAAAAAUGUAUAUGUGGUAAUGGAUAGAUGGCAUUUGUCUUUUUGUUCAAUUGGACCACAAAACUUAGUGUUUUGCUUGGAGAGAUUUGGAUGUAACUUGACACAGUCAUGCAUUACGUUUGGACAAUGUAUAGACCAAGACUGAUUGGAUAAAGGUCAAGGUCAGAUUUAGAGGUCAAGUCUAAUAUAAUGCUCAUAUUUUGUAUCCAGACAUUUACUUUUUUCUUCUUUUUUUAUGAAAAUGUGCCAUAUGCAAAGCCCAGGUCACUGGCCCAGAUGUCGAGGUAAGACCUUGGCCUAGAAGUCAAGUUUGGUUGAAUGCACAUUUUGAUGAAUUUGCACAUAAUGAAUUAGUAGUUACUUAGAAUAGUAUACAUGCUGAUUUUCUUACUUUGCUAAUUCUAGUCUGCUAAAAAAGCUGUUAAAUGGGUAUUUGUUAAAAAAAGGCUUGCUCAACUUUUAAUUUUCAAUUUCAAAUGAAUAAUUGUUCAUGUUUUUUUGUUUGGUUUUAAAGGGACUCACUCAUAUUUGUGUAAAUUGCUCUCUUUUUUGAACGUCCAAAUAAAGUUUGGCAAAUCAUAAGGCGUGUUAAAAUUAAGAUAUUGACAGUUGGAAACAUUCAACAACUGUCAAUAUAUAUGCUUAAAUAUUGUCUUUGAAGUCCAUGAAUUUGAUUAGCGUAAGUAAAGCAAUUCAACAAAAGGCCUAAAAGUUAAGAUUUCCUAAUACUCAUGUAUGAGUCUUUGUGGGUGUGAGGUUUUGUUGUCAGUUUUCAAUUUUUUCCUUGAAUGUACGGCGUUGGUUCGCAGACCACUACAACCAGAAUAUUUUUGUUAUACUUAUGUUUAUUUAUUUUUACAAUUUUAGUAUCAAGGAGUAAAAUAUUUAUAACUGUUAUCAGAUGCAUUACAUUCUAGCCAAGAUAGAGCUAGUCCCUUUAAAAUGCAAUUGAAUAGAAACAUUUAUUUGUGAAGAAAUGUAAAGUUAAGGAUUACAGGAAGAGAAAAAAAUGGAAAUUAAAUGCUCUGAUAGGAAUCAAAAAACAACUUUGUAGCAUAUAGAUUAGUUCUAUACACCAGGGAAAGCUCUAACAAGGAAGAGACAGCACUAUAAUAUGUCCAUGUAUUUUCAUCAUUCAAAAUCAUUCCAUAACACAUACCUGUAUAUAUGCGAGGAAUUUAGGUUAUCCUUGAGUUUUACAAUGCUUAUUUCUAUAUUGUGCAUAACAAUUUCAUGAACAACUGAUCUGCUAUCAUGUCAAUUGGCUAAUUUCCUUUUGUCUUACAUUAAUUAAGCUAUUCACUUCAUCAUUAUUUUGCUUUUUCUUCUGUAUAACUUUUCAUAUCCUUAUGUUAUUUUUACAUAUUUUAUGUUACAAAUGGUUUAUAUAUGAAUUCCUUGUUAAUAAA